AUGCAAAGGUUAUCGCAGCUGACACUGCAUCUAUCUCAAGCCCCCACCGGCAAUAGCCUCGCUACAACCCAAAGCAGCAAACCCACCCCACCAUCUGCUGAUCACAACGACCCCGCGAACACAAACACAACCCUCACCAUGGCGAAAACCAAGAUCGUCGUGACGCGCCAACUCUUCGACGAGGCGCAAUCGCUGCUAGACGCACAGGUCGGGGAGCUGGAACUCGUGCAAUGGCAGUCAGCAAAGCCCUGCGACCGCUCAUGGCUCCUCGAAAACGCACAAGGAGCAACAGGCAUCCUAGUCAUGUUGACCGAUAAGGUCGAUGAAGAACUCCUCACAGCAGCGGGCGACCAGCUCAAAGCCAUUGCAUCUUUUUCCGUGGGAACAGAUCACGUCGACCGUGCUGCGUUGAAGAAGCGCAACAUUCGUCUGGGGUACACACCGACAUGUCUCACCGACGCCGUGGCAGAUCUCACAGUUAUGCUUAUCCUCAUGGCGCAGCGAAGGGGUGGAGAGUCCAUAGCGGCUGUCGUCAAAGGCGAUUGGCCGCAGAUGGCAUGGCAUCCUCUUCUUAUGACAGGACCUCAAAUUCGCGGGACGACGGUCGGGUUUUUGGGCUUUGGCCGAAUUGCGCAGGCGUCCUUACAUCGAUUGUUACCGUUUGGCAUCAAGCGCGUUCUGUACCUCACCUCGAAGCCCGGACAGCCAGUCAAGGAAGACCAUUUUGGCUUACUCAAAGACCCUUCCAUCCCCAUCGAGCCAGCCACAAGCGCAGACCAACUCGCCAGCGAGAGCGACAUCGUAAUUGUAGGAUGUGCGCUGACACCCAGCACCAAGCACAUCAUCAGCACAGACUUUUUCAGCAAGAUGAAGAAACUCGCUGUCAUUGUCAAUAUUGCGCGGGGCCCGGUCAUCGAUACAGAAGCUUUGGUAAAGGCGCUAGAUGAGGGGCAGAUCUUCGGCGCGGGGCUGGAUGUCAUUGAGAACGAGCCAAAUAUUCAGGCGGACCAUCCGAUCCUCAAACAGCCGAGAUGUGUGCUGGUCCCGCAUAUCGGAUCGGCGACGAUUGAGACGAGGCAGCAGAUGGCGACGGAGUCGGUGAAGAAUCUGCUUGCUGGGUUGACGGGUGAGGCGAUGGUGAAUGAGCUGGAUCUGUAG